AUGCUAUUUCCAGCCCCAAGGAACAAAAGUGCUCCGCAUGGCAACCCUGUCCUGGGCCUACUCGAAAUCCCAUUCAUAGCAAACGGCUAUGACUUCAAAGAACCAUUUGAUGGGUUUGGAAAACGACAAGCUUUCGGCGCCGCUGAUGAACUCCAUUUGGACGGGCAUAGCGAAGAAGCGUGUGCUUCUCUACUCCAGUCAUGGUUGUUCUUUGGGAUUUUGACAGAGUUUGUGGGAAAGAAAGUCAAGACCGAGGACUUCUCAACAGCCAAUAGCGAAGGGGAAGUAGUUAUCAACUGUACGGGACCUCACGCCAUGGCCAUGAUGGAAGCUCGGUUGCCUAUGGAGGACGGUCUUCCCGAAGCUCUAACCUUCUCGAUGUGUGAUAAGCUACUGGAAUUGCUGAAGUCCGCCGCGGCCAUUCUCGAUGUUUACGAAACCAGAGCUUGGUCAGGAGGAUAUAAGAGUGAUAUUGCACGAGUGAUUCUGUCGGUCAAGGUCCUCAUUAGGACCCUUAAAGAGUUGGUUGAGAGAAUGAUCUCGACCAAAGGCUGGGGCAAGAGCGAUGGUGGGAGACUGAGUCCGCUACUGAAAGCCUGGAAAGAGUGGAACCCGGAUACGCUUCCAUUGAAGCCUUCUAGUGUCUCCAUGCAGCUCAUUGAAAAUCAAAUGAAGGCAAAUGGAUGGUGCCAGUGGCAGAUACAGCAGAUCUGUAAAAGUUACAGUCUUCCAACUGUGUACUAUCUGGCCCAAAUUGACCGAAGAAGAGAGACUAAAGAGAGAAAUCAUAAGAAGUGUACGGAAACCGAGUGUGUUGCUGACGACGUUGACUGGAGCGGGUACCAACCGAGACAUCGAACUCCGGGAUGCAACUGCGCAGAGAUUGGAACUCCUGAAAAAGAGCUGUACGCCAUAAUCAGAAGCGGUGGGAUACCACUGGUUUCCAUCCAUAAGAUGGCGAAAGGUAAUUUGGAGAUACAAGCUCAACCGCUAAAGCCAGCUAGUCGGUACACCGCCAUCUCUCAUGUCUGGUCCGAUGGCCUUGGAAAUAAAUGCACCAACUCCCUUCCGACUUGCCAGCUCGAGUGGAUCACAGGCUGUUUAUCUUCGUUGGGUGGGUCUAGUCCCAAAGUGAUCCACUACUUUUCGGGAACUGGUUUUCGUGUCGACAAAGAUUCGAUCGGAGAGACCAAAACAAUUAUGGGUGGCAGCAGCAACUCGCCUUUAUUCUGGAUGGAUACCUUGUGCAUCCCAGCGAAAGAAAUGGGACGUGAUGAUCUGAAGACGAUUGCUAUUAACAAAAUGGCACCAACAUAUGCACAGGCCGAAAAGACGCUCAUUCUAGACUGGGAAAUCCUCAGAAUUCAGGUUGGAAGUUUCGACAGCAUUGAAGUUUUCGCCCGCCUUGCAUUUUCAACUUGGGCGCGUCGAUGCUGGAUACUGCAAGAAGGGGCAAUUAGCCGGUCUUGCUACUUCCAGUGCGCGGAUGUUGCUCUCCAAAUGGAGCCUCAAGAUCUCCGGGCCAGCGCAUCGAAGAUUUGCAUGAAAUGGCGAAACAGUUUCUUUCCACAGUCCGCAUUGGCCUCUGGUUUUAUUGCAAGCCGUUGUGUUUGUGGAUGCCAUCAGAAAAAAGUGACCGCAGAUCUAGGACUCUCAAUUCGACAACCCCGAUGUCCCAAUUUCGAUAUUUUGGUCUCGCAUUUCAGGAGAAGCUGUUAG